AUAAUAGAGAGUAAAAUCAGAGUGAUGAUAGUUCCUGGUUGGAUUUGCUCUACAGGGUACAUUAAGUUAGGGAAAAAAAUGAAGAUACAUUCCAUGGACCAAGGAACAGAGCACUUGCUGAUUCUGUCUUCAGAUGGAAAACCAUUUGAGUACAACUAUAGCAUAGAACAUGCAAGGUUUCAAAGCAUUUUACGAGAAAAAAAUAUAAUUCAGAUCACAUGUGGAGAUUAUCAUUCUCUUGCACUCUCAAAAGGCGGUGAGCUUUUUGCCUGGGGACAGAACCUGCACGGCCAGCUCGGAGUUGGAGGCACAUUCCCCUCAACCUCCGUCCCACAGUUGGUGGAGCACCUCGCUGCAGUCCCCUUGGUUCAGAUUUCUGCAGGAGGAGCCCACAGCAUGGCUUUAUCCAUGUCUGGAAACAUUUACUCAUGGGGAAGAAAUGAAUUUGGACAACUAGGCCUGGGCCACACCAAGAAUAAAGAUUCUCCUUCUCUUAUUGAAGCACUAGAUCAGAAAGUUGAAUUUCUUACUUGCGGUGGCUCUCACACUGCCCUGCUCACGCAGGAUGGGCUGGUGUUUACUUUCGGUGCUGGAAAAUAUGGGCAACUUGGUCACAGUUCAACACGGAAUGAGCUAAGACCCCGUUUGGUGACUGAGCUCUCUGGGAAAAGAGUGACCCAGAUAGCAUGUGGAAGGUGGCACACACUUGCCUAUGUUUCUGAUUUGGGAAAGGUCUUUUCCUUUGGUUCUGGAAAAGAGAGACAACUGGGAAACAGUGGAACACAAAAUCAGCUGCUACCACUUCCCAUGAAAUUAUCAUCCAAUGAAGAACUCAGAUUCGAAAGCCAUAAUUCAGAAAAGGAGUUAAUAAUGAUUGCUGGAGAGAGUCAAAGCAUUCUUCUCUGGAUAGACAAAAAGAAUUCCUAUGUUAAUCUGAGGAGGAAAAUUCCUAUGCUAAAUGAAGGGACUGUAAAGAGAUGGAUUGCUGAUGUGGAGACUACACAGUGGCAGAGUACAAAAAGGGACAUCCAAGAGAUAUUUUCAUCUCCUGCUUGUCUGAUUGGAAGUUUUUUAAGGAAAAGAAGAGCUACAGAUAUGAUGUCUAUUCAUCUGGACUUAAAUAAAGCAAGAAACAUCUUUAGGGAAUUAACCCAAAAGGACUGGAUUAGUAACAUGAUAACCAUCUGUCUCAAGGAUAAUCUGCUCAAAAACCUUAGAUUUUAUUCUCCACACCAAGAAGCCUUAGCGGUAUUCUUCCUUCUCCCAGAAUGUCCUGUGAUGCAUGAAGGUAACAGCUGGGAGACCCUGGUGAUUCUGUUUGCAGAGGCUGUUUGUAAACUGAGUGACCAGUCUUCAUGCGUUCUGGAGGAGUAUUGGGCAACUCUGCAAGAAUGUGCUUUUGGCAAACUGGUCCAAAUGUUUAAAAGAGCCCUCAUCUCUCAACUGCAUUAUUGGACUGGAAGCGGUGAGAAUAACUGUCAUGUUAAAGCUCUCCUAGAAAUGUUGAAAAAGCUGCACAAGGUAAACCAGACUAAAUGUCAACUGCCUGAAAAUAUUUUUGAAGUAGACGAACUCUCACACUACCUCAAUUUUUAUGAAGAAGCAAGAAGGAGGUCUUCUUGGAAAAUGAGCCUGGGGACUUCAGAUGUACAGUGUUGUGUCAUAUUCAGUAACUUUCCAUUUAUCUUUAAUGCUCUGUCGAAAACUAAACUACUAUAUUCAGAUUCAUUUUUAAAAAAGGAGAAAAAAAUUACAACUUAUUUGAGGUUGGCAGAAAUUAUAGAACAAAGAGGAUCCGAGGAGAUCGUCCCUUUUCUGCAGCCUGCCUUUACUCUAACAGUCAGGAGGAGUCACUUGAUUGAGGAUGUUUUGAAUCAGCUAAGUCAAUCUGAGAAUGAAGACCUGAGGAAGGAGUUGUGGAUUUCAUUUCAUGGAGAAACUGAGUUAGAAUUAGGAGGAGUCAGGAGAGAGUUCUUCCACUGUGUGUUUCAAGAGAUGACCCGGCCAGAAUACGGGAUGUUCUCAUACCCUGAAGAGGCUUCCUACAUGUGGUUUCCCGUCAGGCCUAAAUAUGAGGAGAAGAGAUAUUUUUUGUUUGGGGUUCUAUGUGGACUUUCCCUGUUCAGUUGCAAUGUUGUCAAUAUCCCUUUCCCACUGGCGCUGUUUAAGAAACUUUUGGGCCAAGUACCAUCAUUGGAAGACUUAAAAGAACUCAGUCCUGUUUUGGGAAAGAGUCUGCAAACGCUUCUGGAUGAUGAAGGUGAUGACUUCAGAGAAGUAUUUUACAUCCAUUUUAAUGUGCAUUGGGACAGAAAUGACGUAGACUUAAUUCCUAAUGGAAGUUGCAUAAUUGUCGACCAGACUAACAAGAGAGACUAUGUUUCUAAGUGCGUUGAUUACAUCUUCAACAUCUCUGUGAAAGUACUUUUUGAAGAAUUUGAGAGAGGAUUUUAUAAAGUAUGUGACAAGGACAUUAUUGGAUUUUUCCAUCCUGAGCAACUGAAGGAUGUGGUUGUUGGACAUACAGAUUAUGACUGGGAAACAUUUGAAAAGAAUGCAGAGUAUGAACAAGACUACGACAGUUCACAUCCCACCAUAGUGAUGUUUUGGAAGGCUUUACACAAAUUGACUCUGGAGGAAAAGAAAAAAUUCCUAGUGUUUCUUACAGGAAGUGACAGAAUACAAAUAAAAGGUUUAAAGAACAUGAAGAUAACUUUUCGCUGUCCUGAGAAUUUGACCGAAAAAGAUCCCAUGAGAACAUACACAUGUACUAGUGUUCUCUGCCUCCCUAAAUACUCUACAAUGGAAAGAGUGGAAGAGGCGCUCCAAGUAGCCAUCAACAACAACAGAGGAUUUGGCUGACCUCACAGCAUAUUAUUUGCCUCCUUUUGGAAAUACCAUUAAAAACACAUUUAAUAACUCAAAAAUUAACAUAAAAGUCUCAUUCACUA